GUCAGAAGGAAAGUUGUCGGAAGAAGCUGGUACUGCAAGAGUAACUCUCACUUAUAAACUGCUUAUUUCUAAUUGUUACAGGCUACUUUCAAUUUGGGAUAUGACAGGAGCAGGCAGAAGGCAAAAGUCUUAUCAUCCCCAUGGUAUCAUUUACAUAAUAUACACAAAAAGAAAAGUUAAAAAGUUAAAUAUGGCUCUGACUACUGAAGGUCCACUCAGUAAACUUGUAGAUUUAGCUUUACAUGGUCCCGAUGUUGAAGUAGUUAACUUCAAGUAUCUACGAAUUUUACUGGUUGAAAUUUUGAAAAUAGUCCAUGUUAAUAGUAAAAGUUCUCUGGAUAUAAUAGAAAUCUCAGGGAUCACAGAUGACCAGAACUGUAAAGUUGAAAGUGAGAAUAACAGUGAUAAGACAAAUUUUAAUGGCUUUAAAGAAUAUUUUGUUGAUGACAUAAAAAGAUUAUUAGAAAACCAGAAAUUAUUGGAGAAUAGAAUUAAUAAACUGGAGAAAGGCUCAAGUAUGUUUGAUUUUUUUCCUUCAAAUAAUGAAAUUUUCAACAUUGAAGAAAGUAUUAUGUUAAACAAAAAAAACUUAACAAAUGACAAUAAUUUUUUAAGUUCUCAAAAUUCAAAUUUAAGUCAAAAUGUAAAUCAGAAUUUAAACAACAAUGAUGGAGCAUUAUGUCUUACUUGGAACACAAUAAAAACAAGUAGAAGGUUACAGGUGGUCGAAGAAGGUGUUGAUAAGUUGUUUUCUUUGAUGAAGGAAGUUCUGGAGCAAACUCGAAAAGAAGGUUCUUUAAAUGAUCUUCAUACUCAAAUUAACCAAAUAAAUGAAAAUACAGAAUUUAAAAUUAAGCAUUUAGAAACUCAAAUUGCAGAAAUGCAUGAAAAUGAUAAUUGGACAAAAAAACUAAACAAAAUAAAUGAUGGUACAGAAUUAAAGAUAAAACAACUAGAAACUAUUGUUGCAGAAUUACAAGAUGAUGAUAAGUUGACAAAAAAACUUAAUUCAAUUAAUGACAAGUUUACUAUCGAGGUAUUAAAAAUACAAGAAGAAAUCAAAUCUGAUCAUAAGUCACGUUUUGGUAAUUUAGAUAACACAGAAAUAAAAGAUAUUAUUGAAAAAAUGCACAGCGUUCACAAGUCAUCUGGUAACUUUAAUGACGUCUUUUCUACCUGUAAUGAUGUCAAAAAUCCAAUACAUGAUAGCAAUGGUGAUUUGGAAGUUAUAAAAAAUGAAAUCAAUGAAAUAAAAAGUGCUUUAAAACAAAAUGGUGUAAUUGUAAGUCAGCAGCAACCUUCCAAAAAUCAAGAUUUACUUGCUAAGAGCGAAAAAUAUAGUGAUUUGUUCAAAAAUGAUUUUGAAAUAAAAGAUAAAGAAAAUGAAGAUGAAGAUGAAGAAAUGUUUUUAAAGAAUAAAAGUACAACUCAUUAUGAUCAUGAAAAUUUUGUCUCUAUUCAAAACCAAACACAAAAAAAUGCUUCUGAUAUUUUAUUCCUACAAAAAAGUCUAACAGUUUUACAAAAUAUAUUAUCGUCUAAUAGUACAAAUGAGCAAAGUGAAGACAUUUUAAAUAAUCUUUCAGAUGCUUCAAAGAAAAUUUUAUGUAAUACUUCAGAUUCUUCAGAGAAACUUGAAAGCAUUACUUCAAAAAAUAUUAUAGAUAAUCCAAAUCAAAUGUAUAAAGAUUUAUCAAAUCAGUUGUUUUUAUUGCAAGAGGAGCAAAAAAAGUUAUUAAGAAAUACUGAAAGUUUUUCAAAAGAAGUUAGAGAAGAAUUAUCACACGAACAAAAAGAAAUUGAUGUUUUACACAAGCAAAUAGAAAAAUUAAAUACAAAGAUUUUUUCAAAGAAAAGUUUAAAUGAUGGAGAUAUCAACAAUUAUGACAAAGUCAAGAAUGACAAUGAUGACAUUAGAUCUGAAAUACCUGAAAAAACUGUUCUCAAUGAAAAGAUGGACCUUCGUAUAUUUGAAGAGCGUUAUCAGUUGAUUGACGAUUGCUUACAAGAUGCUUUACAAAGAAUUGAUACUUAUGUCAAACAUGGAACAUCUUUGGAAGAUGCACUAAAUAAGUUGACUGAAGACAUUAACUCCAAAAUAGAUUCAAAUACAGAAGGAAAACUUAAAAAGUUCUUAGAGGAACGUUUAAAAGAUAUUCAAAAAAAGUGUUAUUCUUUGUUGGAAGAUGCAAGACUGGAUAAAACAAACGCAGCUGGAUUGCGCAAACCUCUUGGAUCUUAUUCUUGCAUUUCUUGUAAUCGAACAGUUGAUGUUUUAACAUCAGGUUUUAUGCCUACUGUACCACAGAAAUUUCCUUCUAAAAAAACCAUGGCUCCAUAUACUUCAUAUGAACUUGAUCAACUUCGACAACAAAAGUUUGGUACAAAUCCAACAUUGUCUGAUCGCCCAUGUGGUGGUCAACACACAGCUAUUAAUAAUUUAUUGUACCGUUCUCAAAAGGGGUUGCCUGUAGAUGAUGUACUACAAAAAGAUUUAGCAUUUGAAGCCAAGGAGUUCUCAUUUGGGGAUUGUGUUGUUGGUACAGAUGGCCAUAUUUACAGAGGAAAAUAUCAGCAGUAUCCAAAAAAAUCAGCUAUACAUAACAGUCGUAAACAAGGAAGCCCCCCUCAACAUGUGUCGCAUUCAGCUAUUUCCUCUCACUCAAAGCAUAGCAUGGAUUCGAAAACUGAUGAAAAAUCUCAUCUUUUUGUCUCUUCUCGUCCGCAUUCUGCUGAUUUUACAAAACAAACGAGUCCUGUGCUUCCUCCUAUAAUUCAAUCUCAUAAGUCUGCUGAAGAUUGCCGAGCUGAAGUUUUUUAAUAUUUUUAAAUUCCAAAUUUAAAAGUUUGUUAUUGAUUUUAAGCUUCUCAGAGAAGCGCUUGUAUUGUAAAGCGAUUUUUAGUGAUACUUAUGAAUAAGUUUGAUUUUUUUAAAAAAAGUUUUUGCUUUAAUUUUGUUAAAAAUGCUACAAUUGUUUUAAGAGAUUUCAUUUUUU